AGAGUGAAUGAAGGACAGGUUGUAGAGGAUCUCCAGGUUUCUGGUGUCUCUGAUCAGCUCCAGCUCCACAAACACCAUGUUCCUCAGGUCUUUACUGCUGCUGCUGAUGGCAGGAUGUGUCCAGUCUCAGAUUGUCCUCACACAGUCUGAGAGGUCAGUAACAGUGACUCCAGGUGGAUCAAAGAAACUGACCUGUGCCUGCAGUGGAUUUACUUUGAGCAGCUCCAGGAUGCACUGGAUCAGACAGGCUCCUGGAAAAGGACUGGAAUGGAUCAUGCACUACUACACUGAUAGUGACAAAGGCUCAUCUCAGUCAGUUCAGGGCAGAUUCACAGCAUCCAAGGACAGCUCUAAUCUCUACCUGCACAUGAGUCAACUGAAGCCUGAAGACACUGCAGUGUAUUACUGUGCUACAGGGGGGGGCAACGAUGCUUUUGACUACUGGGGGAAAGGAACCUCCGUGACCGUGACCUCAGCCCCUCAGCUUGCUCCCAGCGUUCCUUUCGUGGUGUCUCAGUGUUCUUCCUCCCCUGACGGCUUCGUCACGCUCGGCUGCGUCACGAGCGGGUUCUUUCCUGAGUCUCUCAAGUUCUCAUGGACUGAUGACAGCGGAAAGACGGUGAGUGACGCAUUCCAGUACCCGGCUGUGAAGGCGCAGGGCGCCGACAAGUACACUGCAGUGAGCCACAUGCGGGUCAAGCCCGAAAAUGGGAAAACGACAACAUUGACGUGCGGAGUGGAGCAUCUCGCCGGGAAACAGAGCCAGAGCAUAACUGUUCAAGGACCCACUAAACCAAUUAUCCGUCUGGGGCAACUGGACCAAUCCAUAAUGUGUGUCAUUGAGGACUUCCAUCCAAAGGACCUUAAUGUCAAGUGGAAAAAGGGCGACAGUGAAGUUACAGGCCGGGACUGGAUAACGAGCGGGAACUACAUGGGUUUGAACAAAGUCGUCAGUGUCUUUGAUAUCAAUGGGACGUCUCCAAAUGAGAACACCGUAUACACCUGUGAAGUCACACACGGGGGAACAACACACACAGAAAAACUGUCACCCAGAGAUCACUUCUCUCUGAAAAUCAAUCCACCACAAGCAAAGGACCUUUUUAUAAAAGGAAAAGCAGUAAUCGAGUGCAUCUUAACUGGUGAUAGUAGGAAGGAGGUGGAAGUAGUAACAAUGUCAUGGAAAGUUGGAAGUCAGAGCCCAGCAACUCGUGAUGUUCAUGUUGGUGGUGUUACACAGGCAGGAUCAGUAUUUACCAAAACUAGCACACUGACCCUUGAAGAGUCCACCUGGUUUUCAGGCGCAGAAGUGAUUUGCUCCACCUCAAGAACUUCUGAGAAAAUCAGUGUUAAAAGAGGAGGACAACGUCCCUCUAUUAUCAUUUACAAGCCGGAUAUGUCUAUCAGUGAUUCUGACACAGGGUCUCUGGUUUGUGUGGUCAGCAGCUCUGAUCUCGGUAAUGUGUAUGUCAUGUGGAAAGUGAACGAGGAUCCAUAUACAGAAGGCAAUGGCAUGACCAGCAUCGUCAAAAAAGACAACAAAUCAGUUGUCCUCAGCUACUUAACCGUGAAUGGACAGCAGUACAACAGUGCAAAAAUCACCUGUGCAGUUAAAGACGCCAACAUACAGAAUGACGUCCAGCCAAGAACAAACUCAACAUCUACCAAGGAGCUUCCAGUGACAUAUCCAGGAUCAUAUCUGCAAUGCCAUAAAGAAAUUCCAGAGGAGGAUGAGUUCAGCAGCUUGUGGUCCACCGCCUCAUCCUUUAUUUUCCUUUUCCUCUUCUCCCUGAUCUAUAGCACUGUCCUCAGCCUCUCCAAGAUAAAAUAAAGAUGAAGAAUGGCGAGCAAAUGAAGACAUUCAGUGAAUGUUAUUUUCCAUACUUGCUAAAAUCUGUCUAUUUUCUGUUGAUCUUUUCUGUUUUUAAAUAUGAAGAUGCUACUCUUGUACUUUUAUUCUAAUUUAAAAAUAAAGCAAAUGAUAAAGCUA